GAGAAUGGAGAGAGUUUUGAGGUUGGUCAGGAGGAAGCUAUCUCCAUCGAUUCGCUCAUCGCAGAGAUGGAGAACUUGUCUUUGGGCGAAGACGAAGCGAGCUGUAAGAUGGAAAUCGAUGUUGGAGAUCGAAUCGAAAGAUUGGUAGGACGCAAGGACCCUGUGUCCGAGUUGAGGUGGAGGCAGGAUGGAAAGAUGCUCGCAUGCCUGUCCCUGAACAACACUGUCCGGGUGUGGGAGGUAGAGACAGGAGAAUGCCGUCAGGUCAUUGCGUUCACGGCUGAGGAGGGAUGGAUCAGAAGUUUGGCCUGGAGGCCUGACGGCAAGAAGGCUCUGGCAUGUGUGGACGGGGAGGGAUCAGUCAUGCUCAGAGAUGUGGGGACUAAAAGUCUCUUUGUGGAGCUGAUGGGACAUGACGAUUUGGUCGAGGAAGUGAGCUGGAGGCCUGACGGGACGAUGCUGGCCUCUGGGUCCCACGACGAGACAGUGCGGGUCUGGGAGGUAGCGACUGGGUCUUGCUGCCAGGUGCUCGCUGGACAUUCGAAGUGCGUCGAGAGCGUGAGCUGGGGGCCUGACGGGAACAUGCUAGCCUCUGGGUCCUACGACGAGACAGUGCGAAUCUGGGAGGUAGCGACUGGGUCUUGCUGUCAGGUGCUCGUAGGGCACGAGGGCUGUGUCGAGACCUUGAGCUGGAGGCCUGACGGGAAGAUGCUAGCCACCGGAGCAUGGGAUAGGACAGCAC